AAUCAUUUGCAAUAUAAAGAGACACAGGCUUAAUUCAUAGCGGCGUGGUGUUAAGAGGAAAGGGAUAAUCCUACCCUACUAAUUUGGUGGCGCUGCUCUAGGCUCUGUUCAGCCUCAGGGUCUAAACCAGAGUUGGAGAAGCGGUUAUUUCCAACCUAACAAGCCUUCCAGAAAAAUGAAUGGCAGCCUGAGCCAGAGCGAAUCUCGUUAGUUUUCACUGUCACUGACAUUUCUAGAACCCAGUUUGUUUGCUUCCUGGAUCCACCACCUCACUCCCUCUCAGGGUCCUUUGCCCCCAAAGGACUUUGACUUUACUUUCGCAGUCUCACACCCUGGCGCCCUUCGCCACCAGGCAGUCCGGCAGAGGCACGCCGCUGGAGUCACUCCGUCCACUACGUCCCUUUAGGAAACAACUAGCAGAAGGCACUGCCCCAGGCAAGGACACGAGAGUGAAGCCGGCUCCGGGGGUCGCCCGCGGAGCCUCUGAAGUCCUAAUCUUGGGGAUGGAGUUGGCAAAUGCCAAGGUGGGACCAGCAGAGCCGAGCCGGGAACGGCGUUCACCCGGGCCGAGGCGGCAGCCGGAGCGAUUGGGAGACGGGACCGCGGGAACCCGGAAACGCCUGGGCCGCACUGGGCCGGCGGCAGCGACGGCGGCGGUAGCGAGUGGCGCUGCGCUUCAAGGGUGGCGGGGGACCCGGCGGGCGCCGCAGCCUGGGGCGCCGGGCCGAGCUGAGCCGCCGCCCCCGGUACGCGCAGCCGGCCGAGCUGCGCGAAAGGCAAAUGAAGAUAAAACAAUGUCAGCCAACCUAAAAUACCUUUCUUUAGGAAUUUUGGUCUUUCAGACUACCAGUUUGGUUCUGACGAUGCGUUAUUCUAGGACAUUAAAAGAAGAGGGGCCUCGUUAUCUGUCAUCUACAGCUGUGGUUGUUGCUGAACUUUUGAAGAUAAUGGCCUGCAUUUUAUUAGUCUACAAAGAUAGCAAAUGUAGUCUAAGAGCACUGAAUCGAAUACUACAUGAUGAAAUUCUUAAUAAACCUAUGGAAACGCUUAAACUUGCUAUUCCAUCAGGGAUAUAUACUCUUCAGAAUAAUUUACUCUAUGUGGCACUGUCAAAUCUCGAUGCAGCUACUUAUCAGGUCACAUAUCAGUUGAAAAUCCUUACAACUGCACUAUUUUCUGUGUCAAUGCUUAGUAAAAAAUUAGGUGUGUACCAGUGGCUAUCCCUAGUAAUUUUGAUGACAGGAGUUGCUUUUGUACAGUGGCCCUCAGAUUCUCAAGAGCUUAAUUCUAAGGAACUUUCAGCUGGCUCACAAUUUGUAGGCCUCAUGGCAGUUCUCACAGCAUGUUUUUCCAGUGGCUUUGCUGGGGUUUACUUUGAGAAAAUCUUAAAAGAAACCAAACAAUCAGUGUGGAUAAGAAACAUUCAACUUGGUUUCUUUGGGAGUAUAUUUGGAUUAAUGGGUGUAUAUGUUUAUGAUGGAGAACUGGUGUCAAAGAAUGGGUUUUUUCAGGGAUAUAAUCGACUGACCUGGAUAGUUGUUGUUCUUCAGGCACUGGGAGGCCUUGUAAUAGCUGCUGUUAUUAAGUAUGCGGAUAACAUUUUGAAAGGAUUUGCAACCUCUUUGUCCAUAAUAUUAUCAACACUAAUAUCUUAUUUUUGGCUACAAGAUUUUGUACCAACCAGUGUCUUUUUCCUUGGAGCCAUCCUUGUAAUAACAGCUACUUUCCUAUAUGGUUAUGAUCCCAAACCUGCAGGAAAUCCCACUAAAGCAUAGUGGUAAUUUAUCUGGUUUUUCACAGUGGUGCACUGGGAAUCUCAACAUUAAUGCUGCACAGAGGACUUCUACAGAUUCUAAGAGAAAAUCAUCAUGCUGAAUCUGAUCAUAAUGUUCAAAUGAUUUGAAAAUAUAAAAGUUUAAGGAUAAAAUAUACAUAUAUGUAACAAAAUGCCUAUUGCAUCUAAAAAUCAAAACUUGAAAGUAUUUCCAGGGAUUAGAAUAAUUACUAGAGGAAAUUUAAAAUUUGAGUUUUUUAAAAGAUAUUAUGUUUUUGAUUGCUGCAGAAAUAUCCUAUGCACUCUUUGAAACAGCACACAGCAAGUGUCAGACAACAAUUUUGCAAAUUAUAUAUAUUUAAUUUUAUUAAAUGUUUUUUAUCUUAUUCUUUCUGUACAGAUAUAUCAAAUAACAUGGAUAUUCAAAGUUUGAACAUUAUAAUUAUCUAUAAAGCUGUGAAGAAAUAGUAUGAUUUGAAAACCAUUUUCACAUAUCUCAGAUUUUUAUAUUUAUACAGAAGAUUACUAAACAAAGGAUUGCUAUAUGUUGCAAAUGUUCAAAUGCAUAAAAGUUGAUAAAGUAACUUUCUGGGUCUGAUCUGUCAGAGAAAAAAAUUCAUACUUAAAUUUAAUAUAAAGAAAUAUACACAUCUGUUUCUCCAUCUAAACUUUAAGAUCUUUUUAGUGCUUUGAAACUGCUGAAUGCAAUCCAUUUGUUCCUGUGCUAGAUAGUAGCCAGUGACUUUUACAUUAAUGGAGUUUUGUCCUUUAUCUUUUAAUUGUAUUUCUUUUCUGUAAAUUGGAUAAAUCCUUACUAUUACUUUAAAAUAAAUUUCUCUCUGUGUUAAUUUCCAUUAAAGUUUUAAAAUGUAUUUUAAAGGGGUUAAAUACUCAUUUAAUAAUUUAAAAUAAUAAUUAUUGUCUAAUGUCUCCAUUUGGAGAAUUUUAAACUAUCAAAGCAUAUACUCUACACAACUAGAGCAUUUUUAGAUGACGAUUUUAUUCACUGAUCUAUAACUGAUGACAAAACAACCAAAUGUAUAAUAGUAUAGACAUGAAUAAAUUGAGACCAGAAUGAGACAUUCCAGAUUGCCAUGAUAUAUUUUAAAUGGCACUAUAACUAUAAAUUCAGAGUGUUCAGAAGAACUUUCUAGGCCUCUCAUAAACCCACCAUUCCUAGGAAUGUUCUGAUCAAAUGUCUGAGAGAGGCAACCAAAUUCUGAACUCCCUUUUUGUGACCUUACAAAAGCUGCCAAGAAAGAGCCACAACUUUGCUUUACAGUAGUAGUUUAUUUUCCAUUUCUUUUCCAUUUGAUUAGCACUGGAGUUGAGAUUGCAAAUUACAUGAGUUAUGGUUCAGGGAGAGAAAAUAUAGCAGAAAUGAUCAAAUGAAUUGGUGGGCACAUUACUUUCUAAAAUUGAAAUAGGAGUUUAAUUUAUUGUUGACUAGAGACAGAAUUACCUAUUGUGUAUAGAAGUAUUGUACUUUAUUUUUUCCUUCAUGCAUUAUGUAUUUUUAAAAAGUCUCUUGUUCUAAUUGUAUAAAAACUGUAAAAAAUAAAUAUUUUUAUAUAAUUCUAUUGAAUUUUGUUAAAAUUUGGCUGAAAAUACUAUGUUACAAUCUGUUGGCUAGUCUUGGCUAAUUAGGACUGGCUGUGUUACUUUGCUGAGGCAAACCUAGUCUCAACAAGACACAGGCCUAAUAUAUUCCAUACAGAGUUUUUUAAAAUGCUUAAAAUUACAAAGUAUUUUUACAUUAAUUUGCUGGUAAUUCCAAAUUGGUACCAAGCAAACUUUCUGGAACUCUGACUUACAUUUUUCAGUGACUACUUUUUAGAGUAUUUAUUAAAUAACUUUACUACAAUUUGAGAAUGGUGUUUUUAAACUAUAACAACAUUCACAUUUACAUUUACUACUUAAUGCUAAGAGAAAUCUAAAACCUGUAAUGCAGAGAAUUCAAGACUAAAUAUAAAGAUUUAUGUUCAGCUUACACUGAAGUGUUGGGUACUUAUGUAUUAAUCUGGUAUGCAUUCAUCAUUAAUUGUGAAUUCAAGUUUAGUCUCUCCCAAUUUUAACACUUCAAAAAAUGAUACAAGCAAAUUAUUGGACAUCAGACAUGUUAUAGUAGUAGUAUAUUUUCAGAUUCCCAAAAAUAACACAAUUUUCAAGAUUCCCUCCAAAGUUUAUAAAAUGUAGUCAAGAGUUUGGAGAAUGAGCAAAAUAGUCUAAUAUAUUCUCAAAGCAAACUUUUAUUAGACAAGCAUAAUUUAUAUGUUGCUUUUCUAGUAGGUUGGAAUAGAGAAUUGGUUGUAUAGUCUAUAGUUUUUGAUUCAUAAAGAAAUAACCAUAUUUGAAACAGUGGACCUGUGUCCUAGAUCACGUCAUAUGUACACAUAAUGCCAUUUUCUUCUGUGUGUGGUGUGUGUUUUGAUGACCUCCAAAAGCCUUAUUAUGUCAACCUUCUAUAAUGAUGAUUCCUUGAUUAUUUAAAUUCUUAUACUUUUUAAAGUUUACAUUUAUCUCUCAACAACUUUGUUCAUUUUAAAGAAACGUGCUAAUGCGUGGGAGAAGAGUGCCAGUUGAUAGUUCUACAAAACUUUAAAACUAUGGUAUUUUGGAAGAAAAGCUUGAAAUGCAACAUAUAGAUGUAAUCAACACAGUAAUAUUACCAAUUCUUUAAUAAGUGAUUUUUAGAGAAGUCAUAGACUACUUUUACAGUGGAAAAUGUAAUUUAGACAUGCAAAACUUGAAUGUUUACAUCAAUUUAUAUUGAAGGUCACAGUUUCGUAGAAGGAAAGGUGAUUUGAGAUUUAAUCUAUAGUCCAAGGAGACAGAAUCUGAGUGGAAACUAAUAGACUUUGUGCUUAGUAGACCUAGUGUAAUAAGAGUAUUUGUAAGAACUGAUAAACUUUUCCUACAUAUCAGAUUAUUAAACUUUAACAUGUCAUUGUAUAGUCACUCAUCUGAGUUUUGUAUUUAAAAACAGGGUUUAGCAUCACUCAUUGUAUUUACGCAUUCAUUGUUAUAAUAUUUAAUUACAUGUGAAUGUAUGCUCUACAUGAUAAAAAGUUUAUAAAAGUUAUUUAUGCUAUAUUGAAAGUCAUCUUAAGAAUCUCCCAGAUAUGUAGCAUAUUUAAAGUACUUAUAGGACCAAAGAAAAAGCACCUUUAUCAAAAUCUGGUCCUGUGUGCCUUGCUUUACCAAAUACCUGGCUUUUCUUGAGGAUAUUACUGUAAUUCACAAUUUUGAACACAUAGGCAAAAUUAGGAUGUUUUAAGAAUAACUAUAAUUCAGUAUUUUCAUUGUUUCAACAGUUGCUAUUUAAAUUCAUUAUCUAACAGAAUAUUGAAAUAGGUAUAUUGUAUAAAUAUCAGUAAAUAGAAUUUAUUUAAAGAAAUUAUGGUACCAUUGCUCCAUCAUUGAACUUUUGAAACUUUAACAAUUGUAUAUAACUCUCAUUUUGAUUUUUUUCUUAUUAUAAGAUAUAAUUUACUGUGAUUUUUAAAAUAUUUUUUAAAUGAUUUGGAUUCUGAAUUUGUCAUUAUAUGUAUUUCAUUUGUUUAAAAAGAUUCUUCUGGGUUUGGGGUUGUGAUUUGUAUAUUUAAAUCUUUUAUGGACAUAAUUCAAAGGAAUGUAUAAAUUGGUCUUUUGUUUAAAUGGCUUUUUAAUUGAUAAAUUUCUCUUUGUCA